GGCCCCUCAGCCUUCGGCCCUCUGCGCCGCCAUGGAUCUCACCGCCAUCUACGAGAGCCUCCUGUCGCUGAGCCCUGACCUGCCAUCCUCCGACCACGGAGAGACUGAGUCCAGCCCGGGCUGGGCCACCGCGGGACUGUGGAGCCUCAACUCAUCCGAUUCCAGCCCGGCUGGGGUCGCUGCCCGCCUACCUGGUCGCUCCACCAGCUUGGUGGAAGGUCGCAGCUGCGGCUGGGUGCCCCCACCCCCAGGCUUUGCACCCUUGGCUCCCCGCCCAGGCCCUGAACUGUCGCCCUCACCCACCUCGCCAACUUCGACCCCCACCACCUCCUCCCGCUACAAGACUGAGUUAUGUCGGACUUUCUCAGAGAGCGGGCGCUGCCGCUAUGGGGCCAAGUGCCAGUUUGCCCAUGGCCUGGGCGAGCUGCGCCAGGCCAGCCGCCACCCCAAGUACAAGACGGAACUCUGCCACAAGUUCUACCUCCAGGGCCGCUGCCCCUACGGCUCUCGCUGCCACUUCAUCCACAACCCCAGCGAAGACCUGGCUGCCCCCGGUCACCCGCAUGUGCUGCGCCAGAGUAUCAGCUUCUCAGGCCUGCCCUCCGGUCGCCGAACCUCGCCACCACCACCCGGCCUAGCAGGCCCUUCCCUGUCCUCAUGCUCCUUCUCGCCCUCCAGCUCCCCACCACCACCACCUGGGGACCUUCCACUUUCACCUUCUGCCUUCUCUGCUGCCCCUGGGACCCCUGUGGCCCGAAGGGACCCCACCCCGGCCUGUUGCCCGUCCUGCCGAAGGGCCACUCCCAGCAGCAUCUGGGGGCCCUUGGGUGGCCUGCCUCGGAGCCCCUCUGCACACUCCCUGGGAUCUGAUCCUGACGAAUAUGCCAGCAGUGGCAGCAGCCUGGGGGGAUCCGAUUCACCUGUCUUCGAUGCCGGGGUUUUGGGGCCACCCCAGCCAACUGCAGUUCCCCGAAGACUCCCCAUCUUCAAUCGUAUUUCUGUUUCUGAGUGACAAGUGCCUGCCCAGUACAGAUGAGCUGGAUCUUAAGGGGGCCAUUUCUCUUGUGCUGUGGGCACCACAAGGGGUCCCAGGGCUGUGGAGAACUGAGGGACUUAAUCAAGUAGCUCCCCUCACUUUCCAGAGUGCAUUAACUCACUCCCCUGACCGCAUGCUGGGGCAGGUCCCCAGUGUGUGAGCUCAGGUGGUCAUGGUAUUAGGGGGGAGGAGUGUUUGGGGUCUUAAAAAAAGAUGUAGCAAAUCUGAGGGAGGCAGUGAACCCUCUUCCUCCCACCUCUCCCCUGCCCAAUGCUGUGAAUAAUAAGCCCCCCUCUGCCCCCUUCCACUUUUCCCUAGACACGGAGGUGCCAGUGUUUGAUGGUUACUGGAGCCUCCCCUGAGGGGGUAUCCUGGUGCUCAAAUUUCCCUCCAAAAGCAAGUAGCCAAAGCCAGCGUCAACCCCCUGCUCUCCCGCCCUCGCCUUUGGGCCCUUUAUUUAUGACGACUUUAUUUAUUCUAAUAGAUUUUAUAGUAUUUAUAUAUAUUGGGUCGUCUGCUUCCCUGUAUUUUUCUUCCUCUUUUUUGUAAUAUUGGAAACAAUGGAAUAAUUAUUGUUAUAAGUAAGUAUACUAUAAUAAUAUAUUAAGUAAUAAUAUAUUGUUAAAAGUUUAUUUUUGUGUUUUUUGGAAUUUUU